CGCAAACUUCACGCAUGAUAAUGUUCGCGCAAUAAAUUCAUGUCAACAGAAUCAAAACAACAAUGGAAAAUUCUAACAACGAAAUUACGGAAACAUUGACCGAUAAAAUCGGCUCUUUAAACGAUCUGGGACCAUUUCUGGCAAAGCAAAACAAUGCCAAGAACAUACUGUACACAUCGGACAUUCCGCAAAAGUGUAAAGAUGAACCAUGUAUGUUGGGAGUGGAUGAAGCCGGUCGAGGUCCAGUAUUAGGUCCAAUGGUUUAUGGCAUUGCAUUUUGUCCGUUAAGUGAUGGAGAAGUGCUGAAAACACUUGGCUGUGCCGAUUCGAAACAAUUGACAGAAGAGACUCGAGACAAUAUUUUUGACGACAUGAAUCGGAAGGAAUAUGCAAACACAGCGGUGGGAUGGGCUGUAGAAGCAAUAUCACCAAACACCAUCAGUCGAAAUAUGCUGAAACGAACCAAAUAUUCGCUGAACGAGCUUUCAAUGGACUCGGCGAUCGGUUUAAUAAAUGCUGCCAUAGACCUGGGAGUUAAUAUAGCGGAAAUUUACGUAGACACAGUCGGACCACCCGAAAAGUAUCAAGCCAAAUUGAGCGCACUGUUUCCAGAUUUUCAAAUUACCGUUGCUAAGAAGGCUGAUUCCACUUAUCCAAUCGUGUCGGCCGCAAGUAUAUGUGCCAAAGUGACACGUGACCAUGCACUAAAAGUGUGGAAAUUCGCCGAAGGAUUGGAGACAACUCAUGACAUAUUCGGCAGUGGCUAUCCAAACGACCCGAAAACCGUUUCGUUUCUGCAGGAAUCGACAGAACAUUAUUUCGGUUUUCCGAGAAUCGUUCGAUUCAGUUGGUCGACAGCGGAAAAGGUACUGUUGAAGCUUGCCUGUCCAGUCACCUUUGAGGAUGAUAACGAAAAGGCGAAAGCUGGUAGAUCAAUAAAGAAAUUUUUCAAAGGCGAAAACGGGCAGAAAAUCGAAAGAUCGGAUUUUUUCAAGGAACGAUUUUUGGAAUCGACAAACUUUGAAUUCAUGUAAAAUGACUGUGUCCCAUCAGCCCAUUGGGACGCAAUUAAAUACGAGAAAAACAUUUGUAAU